AUCAGUGAUUUGAAAAGAACCAUUACAUCCACCAGGAUGUCUAUGAAGGGGAUUUCAGUUCUGCUGCUGCUACAGCUGAGUUGUUACUUUAGCCCAGGGAAUUGUGGAAAGGUGCUGGUGUGGCCCACAGAAUACAGCCAUUGGCUCAAUAUGAAGACAAUCCUGGAUGAACUUGUCCAGAGAGGCCAUGAAGUGACUGUUCUGGCAUCUUCAGCUUCCAUUCUUAUUGGUCCCAACCAAUCCUCUGCUAUUAAAUUUGAGAUUUACCCUACAUCUUUAACAAAAGAAGACUUUUUGUUAUUUUUCAGGCGAAUUCUCGACAGAUGGAUAUAUGAUCUGCACAAAGAUACAGUUUGGGCAUAUUUUUCAGUAAUGCAAGAAAUCUUUGUGGAAUACUCUGAGUUUACUGAAAAGCUCUGUAAAGAAGUCAUUUUUAACAAGAAACUUAUGACAAAACUACAACAAUCAAGGUUUGAUAUCGUUUUUUCAGAUCCUGUGAUACCCUGUGGUGAGCUUCUGGCUGAGAUAUUUAAAAUACCUUUAGUAUACAGUCUCCGCUUCUUUCCAGGCUACACAGUCGAAAAGUAUAGUGGAGGACUUCCAACCCCUCCAUCCUACGUACCUAUUGUUUUGUCAGGAUUAAGUGAUCAAAUGACAUUCAUGGAGAGGGUGAAAAAUAUGAUAUAUGUGCUUUACUUUGACUUCUGGUUCCAAACAUUUAAUGAGAAGACAUGGGAUCGAUUUUACAGUGAAGCACUAGGAAGACCCACCACAUUAUCUGAGUUAAUGGGGAAAGCGGAAAUGUGGCUCAUUCGAACCUAUUGGGAUAUUGAAUUUCCUCGCCCGCACUUGCCACAUUUUGAAUUUGUUGGAGGACUCCACUGCAAACCUGCUAAACCCCUUCCUAAGGAAAUGGAAGAGUUUGCCCAGAGCUCUAAGGAAAAUGGAAUUGUGGUGUUCACUCUGGGGUCAAUGGUCAGUAACAUGACUGAAGAAAUGACCAAUGUGAUUGCAUCAGCUCUUGCCCAGAUUCCACAAAAGGUUAUAUGGAAAUUUGAUGGCAAAAAACCAGACACCUUAGGGACAAAUACUCGGCUCUAUAAAUGGAUCCCCCAGAACGACCUUCUUGGUCAUCCGAAAACCAAAGCCUUUAUAACUCAUGGUGGAACCAAUGGCAUCUAUGAGGCGAUCUACCACGGGAUCCCCAUGGUGGGCAUUCCUUUAUUUGCGGAUCAACCUGAUAACAUCGCUCGUAUGAAGGCCAAGGGAGCAGCUGUCAGUUUGGACUUCAACAAAAUGUCAAGUUCAGAUUUGCUCAAUGCAUUGAAGACAGUUAUUAAUGACCCUUUAUAUAAAAAGAACGCCAUGAAAUUAUCGAGAAUUCACCAUGAUCAGCCAAUGAAACCUCUAGAUCGAGCAAUCUUCUGGAUCGAGUUUGUCAUGCGUCACAAAGGAGCCAAACACCUGCGGCCAGCCUCCUAUGACCUCAACUGGUUCCAGUACCACUCUUUGGAUGUGAUUGGGUUUCUGCUGGCCUGUGUGGCAACUGCUAUAUUUGUCAUCACAAAAUGUUGUCUGUUUUGUUGCCAGAAGUUUGCUAAAACAGGAAAGAGAGAAAAGAGGGAGUAGUUGUAUCUGAACUGAGGCUGGUGUGCCUCACAGAUGGGACUUCUCCAGAAUAAUCCAGCAAGAAGUUGUGAAGGAAGGAUCCCUUCCUCCUGGGACAGAACAAUGUUUCACCACUCAGCCUGUCAAUUCAAAAUCUGUUUUUGAGUGAUUUACUACCGAUUUAAGAGCUAGAUAAAUAUGUCAUGCCAGAGAUACAAGCUGGCAAAAAAAUAAAACAAAACUAUACAUAUAUUGAAAUGUAUUAUUCUAAACAAAUGUCACAACAACAAAAAAAAUGAAGUACACUGUGUUUCAAACAUUAUACAUGGACACGAGAACACAUGUAAUACGUAAGUCUAUUUACAUAGCAAUACUAUUUUGAAAAUAAUCAGAAUAUUUAAAUUUCAUUCUGGUGCAGAAUUCUGUAGUUUCAUCUUUUGCUAAAGAAAUUAUUCAAUGGUUAGAAUUAUGUACAAAAAUUCACCCUUCCAUUUCAUUUUGGGAGACUAGUAUGCCCCUUGGUUUUACUGUGCAUCCAGACUCAACAUCAUUCUUACCUAAAACCAUGUCAAGCCAUUUAUCUUCAUCCAGUUUAGGUCACUUCCCAUCAAAAUGUAUGUAAUUUAGAACUAUAACAACAGCUAUAGCUGCUUCUUAUUAUCUCCUGUGCUAUUUACAGAAGACUUGGGUUUCAGUAGCUAAUUCUCGUUACUUCAAGCCAUUUAAAAACAUUCACUUGACUGCCUUCACUCUCAUCUGCCUUUGAUAGAGGAAGUAAGGGAACCCCACUUGUAGGUUUGAUAAUGUACAACCCAUACCCUAACGAAACUAUUAAAUUUUCAUUCUCUCACUGUGUGUGUACAUAUAUAUGCCCACUUCUUCAAAAUAGGCACAGCAUCACUUAGCUACUUACACAUAUGUUUAGCAAUUAAAUGUUUUUGUUGAAGGCAGUUUGAAAUAAUGAUUAUUAUUCUAUAUAA